UUGCUAGCAAGAUGUAAACAUUGAAUGUGGCGUCUGUAAGCGGCACAACUGUAGUGGCAGGUUUGUAACGGACAUAUAACGCACAGGAAAGGGGACAGGCGGACUUUAAGAUAGAGGCCGUUAAGUCAACGUUUAAGCCGAGUAGAGAAAGCUGCUCGCCGUUUCUGUCAGUGUCUUGUAGUCGAGCUAACUUAUUAGCCUGGUGAAUUGCGUGGCACGUCGUGUUGUCUCUGUCGCCCGUUUUGCCACAUCUGCAUCUCUCCAGAAAUGGCGAGACUUUUCAGAAGUACACAGCAAUUCGGGAACGUCCUGGGCCGCUGUAGAACACACGCGUGUGCAGCGACACCUAGACGUUCACCUGUAGAACACUGGUGGCUGUUUGGGUUGUGCUCACACAAGCUGCACACCGUUGCAGAUGGCCCCAAGUCGUGCCCCGCUGCGGCCCCAGGCAGGCUGCCUUUCUCCACAGUCACCCCGGACGAUUUGGACUUCUUUAGGAAGAUCCUACCAGGCAGAACCAUCACUGACCCAGACCUGCUGCAGUCGAGUAAUGUGGACUGGCUGAAGACUGUAAAAGGUUCCAGUGAAGUGUUGUUAAGACCUCGAACGACUGAAGACGUUUCUCAAAUCCUCAGAUACUGUAACCGCCGUAACCUGGCAGUAAACCCUCAGGGAGGAAACACGGGACUUGUUGGUGGGAGUGUCCCAGUUUAUGACGAGAUAAUCGUCUCUACUGCCCUCAUGAACAACAUCCUUAGCUUUGAUAGUGUCUCUGGUAUUCUGACCUGCCAGGCAGGGUGUGUUCUGGAGAACUUGACCCUCUACCUGGAGGAGAGAGAUUACAUCAUGCCACUGGACCUUGGGGCUAAAGGAAGCUGUCAAAUUGGAGGAAAUGUGUCAACUAACGCAGGUGGACUUCGACUACUGCGAUAUGGCUCCUUGCACGGGACAGUGCUGGGUCUGGAAGUGGUUUUGGCAGAUGGGCGGGUGCUGGACUGCUUGUCCACACUGCGCAAGGAUAAUACUGGAUAUGAUCUCAAACAGCUGUUUAUAGGUUCAGAAGGAACUCUGGGGGUCAUCACAGCAGUGUCUAUCCUUUGUCCGCGGAAACCCAAAUCUGUGAAUGUGGUUUUUCUAGGCUGUGAGACAUUUGAGCAGCUGCUGCAGACAUUUCAGCUCUGCAGAGGCAUGCUAGGAGAAAUUUUAUCAGCCUUUGAGUUUCUGGACAGUGAAUGUAUGAGACUGCUGAAUACACACCUCAAGCUACCUAAUCCUAUAUCUGAUUGUCAUUUUUACAUUGUUAUUGAAACAUCAGGUUCUGAUCCGAGACACGAUGGAGAGAAACUUCACAACUUUCUAGAAGAGGCAAUGACGUCAUCACUGGUUAAUGAUGGAACAGUGGCAACUGAAGAGUCUAAAGCUAAAACUUUGUGGUCGAUGCGCGAACGUGUCACGGAGGCACUGACUCAUGAUGGCUACACCUACAAGUAUGACAUCUCCCUUCCAGUGGAUCGAAUCUAUCAGCUGGUGACGGACAUGAGAGAGCACCUUGGGGAUAAGGCUAAGAGUGUUGUAGGGUACGGACACGUAGGUGAUGGUAACCUCCACCUGAAUAUCACCUCUCCUACUAAAGACCCUGAAGUGCUUGCUGCCAUCGAGCCGUUCGUGUAUGAGUGGACAGCCAGCUGUCAGGGCAGCAUCAGCGCUGAGCAUGGACUGGGCCUAAAGAAGAGGAACUACAUUUACUACAGUAAACCCAGGCAGGCUGUGGCUCUAAUGAGUGACAUUAAAGCCAUGUUAGAUCCCAAAGGCAUCCUCAACCCAUAUAAGACUUUACCAGAUAACCUGAAAUGACCCAGACUGCCUCCGUGCUGUGGGAUAACGUGUGUGUAGAGCCCAUGUACUUUUCCACACGUUGUCUGGCAGCCCAUGAAAACCAACUGAAGUCUGUUAAGUAGGUUCCUAUAGGGCUAAUUUAGGUUUUCUGUACAAAGUAUUUCUCUCCGCCUGACUUCUGCUUUAACAAGCUGCUGAUUUUGUACUGCGGUGGUCUCAUUACAGGUGAAGUUAGUUAGCAGCUACUUGAAAUCUGGUCCAUUCCUUGACCUGCAGAAGUAGAACUUGAAUAUAUUGUACCUGUAUUAAAACAUAUAUUUCAGUAUAGCUGAGAAUGAAAGAACAAUCAUGUUCAAAUGUAGACAUUUGUGUGGCCGCCAGUAGAGGGCAGGCUCUAUUCUGUAACUGACAGCUUGGUUUUGUCAAAAAGCACUUGUAUAGCAGAGGUGAUGACCAACAGUGAUUGGUGUCAUCACUCCUGUUCAUACUGUCAGUUAGGAGAGCACUGUUGACUGUGCAAAUAACACAAGUGAUGGGAGACAAGUCCACAGAUGUCUGAGUAAAUAGACGAUUAAGUUUAAUAUGAUUCUUCAGCUGAGUUUAAGUCUCUGGUGUUUUGUACAACAAAUUCAUCCUUGAACUACAGUCACUGUGCUGCAGCUCAGCAAGGAAACGCUGAGCUAAUUGAAACCAAUCUGCUCAGUCCUCAUUAUCUUCAGAUAAAUUCUGGAAAACAUUUUUGCACAGAAGGAUGGUCCCACAUGACUUGCAUUGAAAGCACAAUAGGAAGGGGAUUUUAACAGCCCGCAUAUGCAGGGGGUGUGAUUCCAAAGAGCUGGUCCAGGUUCACUUUAGCACCGGACUAUUUUUAAAGCACUGAAACAGUAAUUAAACGCUUGCAGAAACAUGUCUAGAAUAAUUAUACAGACAAUGUAAUCGUUAAGCAAGAGUGCAGUAGUUGUUUAAUUAUAUAUAAAAAAAGACAACGUAACAUUGGUUUCCAAAAAAACAAACCCAGCAUUUGAACAAAUUCAUUUGCAACUGCACACCUACAAGCUGUAGCAGUUUUCAAAUAAAUUUAAAAUUGAACAGUUUUCAAAUGAAGAUGAAGUAGUUUUAUUGUUCAGGCAACUUGUACAGUGUGGCGUGAUGGGAGAACGGAUUAAAUGAGGCCCAGUUUACUACAGGCCUCAAAUUAAAGUUAUACAAAUCCUCCGGAUUCUCUCUGCUUGCACAGAAGAUUAUAAACGAGCCACAGUGAGUUUAUGAAAUACAUCAGGCAGAGGAUCAACUCAGUUCAUUGUCUUAGAUACAGUCUAAUUCCUAUUGGCAGGUACUUGUGUCUACUCCAGAAACCACCAGCAUAAACAAGUAAUAUCUUUAGUAUUCUACAGUGCUGUCCUGUUCAGAACAAGCUCUCCAGUAAUAUCUCUCCUUACUAUUUCUCAACAAGUAAUUUCCUACUAGCUCCAUUAAUGGGUAUAGAAAGUUCAGAGUAAAUACCUAAUGUAUGUAUACAGUCAAGUUUCACGAGCCACCAUACAUCGAUCAUUACACCAGUCAUACAUAUUCUCAGUGUGGGAACAGUGGAGGUUGAAUACAUAAAUAUCAAAUUUUUUAAAAAGUUUAAAAAUUAUUGAUACUAUUGGCUCUUCUCCUUUUUGUUAGUGAACAUGUUUCUGUGUUUGUGACAAUAGUUUAAUAAUAGACUUGUAAUAAAGCUAAAUGAAGAAAACA